AUGGGGGUCCAGGAGCAUGCUCUUAUUUCUGAGAAAAUGUAUGACCUUUUUGACCAAAUAAAUGAUGAAGUGGACAACUGCCUGAGGUACUCAACGCGAAAAGAGCAGAACCAAGAGUUUGCAAAAAUAGACUUCAUUCCAGAUCUAAACCCCAUCAGACUCUCUGAAAUGACUGCAGUCUUUGAGCUGACGGGAAACAUCCGCCAGUACUUGAGAAUAAAAGAAACAGAAAGCGACCCGCAAGAGAAGAAAGGCCGAGUGGCAGAUAAAAUAAUUAUAAAAAGAGUAAUACUGAAAAUGGAGAACAAUCCGGAAGAAGAGGCUAUUUCUACGAUGGUUGACCAUCCGCAUGUUGUAAAGACGCACUUGACAUACCGGUGCAACUAUAUUAACUCAAAGGGCGUAGACCAAGCUCUUCUGUGGCUCUUCAUUGAGGCGCUGAACGUAAAGGUGUCUCUGAAAGAGAAUGCAAAGAAGGAGAAUGAAAUCAGAGAUAUUAUGAAAGACACGCUGAAAGGCCUGGAGUAUCUGCACGGGAGCCACAUUGCGCAUCUGGAUCUUAAGUUAGCAAAUGUAAUGGGGUACAAAGACGAAAACAGCAACAUAAUCUACAAAAUCAUUGACUUUGGGUUUUCUCGAAAGCUCCCAGAGAGCCAGCAGGAAGAAACGUACCCAAAGCGAUGCUACGGCACCUUCCCGUACAAGCCCCCUGAGGUGUGGAUAUCAAGCAUCCACGGCUUUGCUUCGGAUAUUUGGUGCGUAGGAGCCAUGUCUCUCUUCUUGGCAAACAGAAAGUCCGCAUAUUUUCAGAAAAAAACACCCAACGCAAAUGCAGGCGGAAACACAAAAGAUUACGCAGAGUUUAGACAGUUUUUGGAAGAGACUGUCAGAAUAAAAAUCGACUCUGAGACUUCUCCUGAGCUGGUUUCUUUCAUAAAAGAUUGCAUGCAGAGAAAUAGAAAAAACAGGCCCACGGCCACCGAGCUGCUGAAACAUUCGUUUAUUCUUGGCGAAAAACUGUCCAGCCAAGCUGCUAAGAAACUGGAAUACUAUGUUUAA